AUGAAGAAUUGGUCCAAGGAGGGUUGGAAGUGGCUAUCUAGUGUUGCAAGGUCCUCUGUUCAUUUUCACGGAAACGUUGGCGUUGUUGCCAAACACAAUCACAGUCCCGUGACCGUUGCUCGACCGUUUGGAAGCGCCAUUGACGGUGGAAAUGAAGUGGAUCUUCAUCGGUUAACGAGGGAGUUCCUCGUAAAGCUUUGGGUUGAUGAUAGAAAAAUGAGAAACCCCAGAGGGAGGAAAUUAGUUAAAUACUGUGGAGGUUAUGGUGGUGACCCUCGCUGGUUUUCUGCUUCAUCUGGUGUCGUCACGAGAGGUAAACGACGGCCUGUUUUGAAGCAACCCCCUAUCAGUCAAUCUGUCUCUGAAUUUCUGAAACCACGGUCUUCCCUAGAGGCCAAGGUAGCACCACUGCUUGCCAGGUCCAAUUUGCUGAUUACCAGAGAUAUCGAGUGGGCAAAUCUUGUAUUAGGCUUUGAACAGGAAAAUCGAUAUGCCAUUGUAGAUGUCUGCUACCCUCAGUCGCCUGUAGGUUAUAUUCGUGAACAGAGCAACGUCAUUACCCGACAGUUGCUUCGUCUAAGGCGACCUUUUGUUGCACGCAUAACUGAUGCCUUGGGUAAUGAAUUCUUUAGGGUUCGAAGACCCUUUUGGUGGAUAACAAGCUCAAUUUAUGCAGAAAUUGAUGGUAAGGAAGUUGGAGUAGUUCACAGGCGAUGGCAUCUCUGGAGGAGAAUCUAUGAUUUGUACCUGGGGAAUAAGCAAUUUGCUGUGGUAGAGAAUCCUGGCUUAUGGAAUUGGACAUUCACAUUGAAAGAUAUUAAUGGUGAGGUGCUUGCUCAAAUAGACCGUGAUUGGAGAGGUUUUGGCUUUGAGAUUUUGACUGAUGCUGGUCAGUAUGUUAUUCGAUUUGGGAGUUCUGAUCCCAGCUCCAAGAUUGGCCUUGCUGCUGCAAUUGAAGACCUGGAAGUCAGUCGCACACUGACCCUUGCAGAGAGAGCAGUAACUGUAGCUCUUGCUAUAUCACUAGAUAACGACUACUUCUCAAGACACGGAGGCUGGAAUAUGUGCACCUUCUUGCUUGCCUUUUAUUAUUUGUGCGUUUCUCUUGUUCUUACUGUCCAACUGUCCGAAAAUUGA